GAAAUUUUGAAGAUGGCGACUCAACAUAAACAUGAAAUGUUCAUCAAAAGUAAAAUUGGUUUAUGUAUUUUAAUUUUGUUUCUGGGAUUUUUACCUUUUGUUGAGAGUAUAUUAUGUUAUCAAUGUGCCGAUGGAAGUAAAACUGGCGGGGAUUGUAAAAACGAUUUAAAAGGCUUGGUUAAAUCUUCACUUGGUGACGAAGACAAGGAUAUUGAACCUAUAGAUGGAGUUUUCUCUAAAAAUUGUUCAACAAGCAGUACAUUAAAUAACAGUCUGGAUUUUUGUGUCAUUGAAACCUUCAUGUCUGCUGGUGAUUCGAAAAGUUUCUUGAGAGAUUGUAGCGACGGAAGAACAUUUUCUUAUUCUGGUGAGUUGAAAGGUUUGGACAAAUUGGAACAAAUUGAGGCUGAUAAUGAAACUACCUGUAUCUACAGAAUGACAAACAAUAUUCAUAUUUGUAUUACAUUGUGUACUACAGACUUCUGUAACGGACCACAACCCAACGAAACAGUCAAUUGUACAGAUAACGCUACGUGUGCAGCAGGACGGCCAUUAUGGAUGGGUUCCAGUACUAUGAUUGGUCCAUUUUACAUCCAUCCAAUUAUGUUUCCUAUUUUAAUUUAUAUCUUUAGUGUUUUUGUAUUGAAUUGAAUUCUUCUGUGAUAAUUUUCCCU